AUUGGGUUUUUUGUUUCCUUAGUGUAAAUUUAUAUUCUUUUUUUGUGUUUAUGAUUACCCAUCUGCUUAAUUUUGAGGUAGAGCAAGUUUCUGUAUGAUUUAUUAUUGUCUGGGGUACAAGGUAUGGUAGAGACUAGAAAGCUGUAUUCUUUGAGUUGGUAUUGACCUAUUUCAUGACCAUAUAUCAAAAUCAGAAUGGUCACUUAUUACGUAGCUAAUUGUUUUUCGUCUAGUUUUGUUUUAGAGUGUUUUGGUCAAGACUGAUACCAGCCACCCAUGAUAGAUAACCUUGUCGAAGAAUAGUAAUCGGUAAGUCAUCAAAUUCCUCUACAUGUAAACUACUAUAGCGACUUGCUUAAGAGGCCAAUAGAAGAUGGAUGUCAGUUUUGGUGACCAGACUUGUGUUUUUAAUCCUUCCUUAUUCAUUCAUCUAGGUUUCUGAAAAUUCUUGAUAUAUGUGAAUCACAAGAUGGUGGAUGAUCACUUUAGUGUAGUGAGAGAAUAAUGUCAAAUUAUUUAGAGCGAAUUUAUUAGUGGUAGUAUAAUUUACUCUACGUUUUUUUGAGUGCAAGAUAUAAUUCAUUUCAUCUUAUUGUUAUAUUUGUGAUGCAUUAUAGAUACUAGAUUAGGACCUCAAUGAUGCCUUUUCUUCUUAAGGUUAGACUUCAAAUUGGAGCUUAAUACAUAGUGAGACCAGCUUGACCAACCUUCUUACUACUUUUACAAUUUCUCUACUGCCUCUUGGAAUUAGAGUACUACUCCUAUUUUUGGCUAGGUGCAUACUGUGAGCAAUAAGGGAUAGGCUAUAAAACAAGGGGGUGAAAACCAAACUGCAGAACCGACUUUUCUAUUUUCUUGGUUUAUCAUUUAGAAGUCAGAACAAUAACAAUGGUGGUGAAGGUGUUUGGCCCCUUAUAUGCCGCUCCUAAACGGGUGCUGGUGUGCCUUGUUGAGAAGGAAAUUGAGUUUGAAUUUGAAACCAUCCCUAUUGAUAUUUUCAAGGGAGAACAUAAAGAUCCUGAAUGCCUCAAAUUGCAGCCCUUUGGAGCAGUUCCUGUUAUUCAAGAUGGGGAUUACACUUUAUAUGAAUCACGCGCAAUCGUAAGAUACUAUGCAGAAAAGUACAAGUUGCAAGGGACCGAUUUGCUGGGAAAGGCAAUUGAGGAAAGAGGGCUGGUGGAGCAAUGGCUAGAGGUUGAAGCACAAAACUAUCACCCUUCAAUUUACAACUUGGUAAUGCACAUUUUGUUUGCCUCAGGCAUGGGUUUCCCUUCAGACCCAAAGAUCAUUCAAGAGAGUGAAGAAAAGCUAGGCAAGGUGUUGGAUGUGUAUGAGGAAAGGCUGUCGAAGUGCAAGUACUUGGCUGGUGAUUUUUUCAGUCUUGCUGAUCUUAGUCACCUUCCAUUAACCCAGUACUUGGUGGGUGCUAUAGGGAAAGAUUAUAUGAUAAAGAGCAGAAAGCACGUCUCUGCUUGGUGGGAUGACAUUAGCAACAGGCCAUCGUGGAAGAAGGUCCUUGAGUUCGGUGCCCCAUUUUGAGGUUAAUAUCCGUUUCACGGUUUCUUGUCACUUUGGCAGCAAGUGAGAGUUCUGUCCAUCCACUCUGUUUGUAUACAUGCUUUCAAAAUAUAUGUACAGUAGAAUGUGCGCCUGCCUUGUAAUAUUCUUUUACUCUUAGCAGAUAAAAAGUUUCUUUGACUAAGGAA